GCCAUGAGAAAUCAAACAUCAGUGACAGAAUUCAUCCUCCUGGGACUGACAGAUGACCCAGAGCUACAAGUGUGGAUUUUCCUCUUUCUGUUUUUUACCUACGUAUUGAGUGUUACUGGUAACCUAGCCAUUAUCACUCUCACCUUGCUGGACUCUCGCCUCAAAACUCCCAUGUACUUCUUCCUUAGGAAUUUCUCCUUUUUAGAAAUUUCAUUUACAUCUGUCUCAAUUCCAAGAUUCCUGGUCACUAUUUUAACUGGAGACAGGACAAUUUCCUAUAAUUUUUGUGCAGCUCAAUUAUUCUUUUUUAUCCUUCUAGGUACAACAGAAUUUUUUCUGUUGGCAGCCAUGUCCUAUGACCGCUAUGUGGCCAUUUGCAAACCCCUACACUACACAACCAUCAUGAGCAACAAAGUUUGCAAUCAGCUUGUAAUCAGCUCUUGGCUGGCAGCUUUACUCAUUGUCUUUCCACCAGUCAUCAUGGGCCUCCAAUUGGAGUUCUGUGACUCCAAUAUCAUUGAUCAUUUUGCAUGUGACUCUUCUCCUGUCCUGAUGAUCUCUUGCACAGACACUGAAGUCUUAGAAGUCAUGAGUUUUUGCUUGGCUGUGUUCACACUCAUGCUCACUUUGGCAUUAGUGAUUUUGUCCUAUGUAUACAUCCUUAGAACCAUCCUGAAAAUCCCCUCUGCCCAGCAAAGGAAAAAGGCCUUUUCUACUUGUUCCUCUCACAUGAUUGUCGUCUCUAUCUCCUAUGGAAGUUGUAUCUUUAUGUAUGUCAAACCUUCAGCAAAGGAAGGAGUGGCUAUGACCAAAGGGGUAGCUGUGCUGAAUACUUCUGUUGCUCCCAUGUUAAACCCCUUCAUUUAUACCCUGAGGAAUCAGCAAGUGAAGCAAGUCUUUAAGGACAUGGUCAGAAAGAUGUUUAACUCAAAUAAAUGA